AUGGCUCCUACCAAGAAGGCGCCGUCCAAGAAACGCGCUUUGUCGCCGGCAAAAGGCACUCGCUUCUCGAAGCGUCUGAUGACCAAAGCCCGAAAGGCUCGGCCUACUGUCUCGGAGAUUCCGUCUCAAGAAGCAAGCGCCCUCUUGAAUCUCCCACGCGAAAUUCGAAACCAGAUCUACUUGGAGUUACUUGAUGGUCUGAAUCUCACAUUCCGCGUGGAUACGCUCAUCAUUGUUGCAACACAGGACACCGAAGGUUACCUAGGCGUUCGGCGCUUGAAACCAACCAAGCGAGGCCUCCCACUAUGGUCGCUGUCCAGUCAGCAGAUUUGUUACGAGCUCCUAGACAUAAUCGCCCGCACCUACGCCUUCCAACCCUUUGGUCAACCAACAUCACCCGAAAAUGAGUUGCCUGGACUACCGAACUCGCUUAUCUUCACUCCUGGUGGCGUAAGAACUGUCAAGCUGGUUCCCGGAUAUCACGCUCCGGAAUUUUGGAUUGAGAACAACGAUAUAUUUUGUGAUUUGACUGCUCGUUUCCUCGAGCUGAUGGACAACCUACUUCUAGAGGAUGCGCGUUUGGAGCUGAUUUGGUACCACGUCGAGACCGAGUACUAUUAUAGGAACUACCAAUCUCACAACCUCGCCCGUCGGUGGGAAGAAGACUGGCGGGAGAGAUUUCAUAAAGUCAAGAUUACUGUCGUGGUUAGGUCAGAUCCUGAGAAGGGUGGCACGCCAUUGUCGGUUAUGGACGAUGCGGAGAAGUGUGCAAUGAGGCUUGUCGGUAUGGGUGGGGCUUCGUCUUGGGACGAUCUGGGUCGUGUCGAUGCUUGGAAGCCCUGGACGCCUUUUCAGCCGGACUCGGUGUGGGUGCGACAUGUGACGACCGUUGCGCGGAAGGUGGAAGCAAACGCAUCGCGGAAGAGCACAUAA